UCUGAAAUGUAUUCAGCUGAGGAAGAUCCUGUACAUUAGCCGGAAAAGUAACGAUUUGCAGCCUUGUUGUUUGUGUCAGUCAUGGCGUAAACAGCAGGUGGUAGGAUUGACAGCUGACAUAUUACACCCUGGACGUUCAAACAGGACAUUGACUACAGCAGAGUCCCCAGCGUCGCCCUAUGGACAGGUGAGGGCAGGGUCUGCGCCCAGGUCUGGCUGGCUGAGAGCUCCUCAGAGCACCUUGCUGUUGCGCAACAUACUCAACGGGAAAGUAGUUCUUCUGUUGCAGAGACCACAAGCUUCUCUUGCCCUAUAUGUGAGGGGACAGCAGUGGAUAUAAUAUUCCCACACAGGCUGACGUCUGUCCCUUGUACUCCGAGCAUGGACUAAAAUCUGCAUUUCUGAAUUCCAAAAGCAGCGAAAGGGUUCUGCUCUGUGCGCAGCCUCAUGGCCAAGUGAUCUAGCGACGCAUGAGAUGUAAAAGUAUCGAUGAUUCCCUAACACAGAGGAACCUUUCUCGCCUUCCCAAGAUGACGGUGAUGGAUUCCAAGCGGCAAGUGAGCCCCGGCGAUUUGAUGGGUGGCAGGGGGCUUGGAGCCGCAGAGUGACCCGCCCCCCGCCAAGAUCGAGGCCGGAACAAAAUGAGCAAGCUCAGCUUCCAGAAUAACAGAGCCAUGCAGGACCGGCGGAGCGUUUGCGUGUUCCUACCCAAUGAUGACACCUUGAGCGUCAUUAUCAACGUCAAAGCACUUUGUCAGGAGUUACUGGUCCAGGUCUGCGAUCUCCUCCGGUUGAAAGACUGCCAUCUCUUUGGGCUCAGCGUUAUCCAUAACAAUGAACACGUGUACAUGGAAUUAUCUCAGAAGCUCUACAAGUACUGCCCCAAGGAGUGGAAGAGAGAGGCCAGUAAAGGUAUUGACCAGUUCGGCCCCCCUAUGAUCAUUCAUUUUAGAGUGCAAUACUAUGUUGAAAAUGGGCGAUUAAUAAGUGACAGAACAGCAAGGUACUAUUACUACUGGCACCUGAGGAAACAGGUUCUCCUGUCGCAAAGCAUCAUGAGGGAAGAGGCCUACUUCCUGCUGGCAGCCUUCGCCCUGCAGGCCGACCUGGGCAACUUCAAAAGAAACAAGCAUUAUGGAAAAUACUUUGAGCCAGAGGCCUACUUUCCCCCUUGGGUGAUUAAGAAGAGAGGAAAAGAUUACAUCCUAAAGCACAUUCCCAAUAUCCACCGCGACCAAUUUGCACUGACCGUGUCGGAAGCACAUCUCAUGUACAUUAAAGAGGCAGCGAGACUGGAGGACGUUGCUGUGCAUUACUACAGGUUAUACAAGGAUAAGAAGGAGAUCGAAGCCUCGCUGAUUCUCGGACUGACACUUCGAGGAAUCCAGAUUUUCCAGAGCUUGGGUGAGGAGAAGCAACUGUUGUACGAUUUCCCCUGGACGAACGUAGGAAAGUUGGUGUUUGUGGGCAAAAAGUUUGAAAUUUUACCAGACGGCCUGCCCUCCGCCAGGAAAUUAAUCUAUUACACCGGCUGCUCUCUGCGUUCGCGGCACCUUCUUCAGCUCCUCAGCAAUAGUCACCGGCUGUACAUGAACCUGCAGCCGGUCCUGCGACAAGUCCGGAAGCUGGAAGAAAUUGAAGAGAAGAAACAGUACCGGGAGUCGUACAUCAGCGACACGUUGGACCAGGACAUGGAACAGCUGGAGAAGAGAUCGAGGGCUAGCGGUAGCAGCGCAGGGAGCGUCAAGCACAAGAGACUCUCCCGGCACUCCACGGCCAGCCACAGCAGCUCACACACCUCAGGGAUAGAGGCAGAUACCAAGCACAGGGACAUCGGGGCGGAGGACAGCUUCUCCGGGACAUCGCUUCACCGCAAGCUGAAGACCUGCAGCUCCUUGACCUCUCACAGCAGCUCCCACACCUCCGGGGCUGAGAGCACUGGCAAGGACAGGCUGGAGGACGACUCGCAGGAUGAUGAGAUUGAGAUGCUGGUGGAUGAUCCCAAGGGUACUGAUCUGCCGCUGGACAUCAGUCCUGAUCUUUGUAUCUACAUCACAGAAGACAUGUUGGUCUCACAGCAGAGCAAUGGUUACUCUGGUUUAGUCGUUAAGGAAGUGAACUCCUCAACUUCCAGCUCUUCAGAAACUGUGGUCAAGCUCCGUGGACAAAGCAUUGACUCAUUGCCACAGACGGCGUGCAGGAAACCGAAGACCUCAACAGAUCGGCACAGCUUGAGUCUGGAUGACAUCCGCUUGUACCAGAAAGACUUCCUACAGAUUGCUGGCCUGUGCCAGGACACUGCCCAGAGCUACACAUUUGGCUGCGGACACGACGCACACGACAGAGGCCUUUACUGUAACGGCUGUCUCGCCCAACAGUGCAUCAAUAUCCACGAGCCCCUCCUGCCCAAGAAAGCCAGCAAGUACUUUUCCUUGGACCUUACCCACGAUGAGGUUCCUGAGUUUGUGGUAUAAGCGGGUCGGGAUGUACAAUAUACAUAGAUAUAUUCCACGGGCCUGGAUGUCUGUGCUUUCCGGUAGCGGCUAGGAAGAUUGUAUCUUUCUACGAACCUUUUUUUUUUUUUACUUGUUCCCUUUUGAUAUCCUGAAUUGAAAGCCAUUGGGACUUCAUUUAUGUAUAGCUUAAUAUUUUGGGUACAAUCCUCAAAGGCCAAAUUGCUCUUUUUAUUUUCUAUAUUGGCACAAAAUAGGAUAUUUUUUUAUGUGCAGACAAGUUAGCACACAAUACGAAUGAACAUUUAUUUCUCUAAUAUGCCAAAGAAUGGUCUCCAACAAAAUGGUGGCUGUAGUACAUGGAUUCAGUGGUCUCCUAUAACAUGGCGGGAGGAGUACAUGUAUAACCUGUACCCAAGGAUGGUCAACAUAAUAUUACAUGGACAAAAACAGAGGUCAUUGAUGAAAUGCAGAGUGUCAGGGUCAAAUGAGCAUCGAAUUUGACUAAUAGGUGACUUUCUCCUGAAAAAUGACAGCACUGAAUUUAGUAUAUUUAUAUACUAUACACAGCAAGAAUUCCACUUCGCAGUUUUGGCCGGAUUUUUGUAUCGCAGGACCUUGUCUCUAUGUUAUGGUUUAAAAUCCAGCCAUGGGUUUUAUUUAGCUCCAUAUUUUACAGCAUUAUUACACAGUAUUGGGUCUUGCUUAAUAAUAUGGUGCUAUAACUCACAGCAUCUAAUCAGGAGUUUGCCUCCAUUUUGUAAACAGCACUAAAACAGAUAGCUAGAAUCUGAUUGGAUGCCAUGACUAAGUAUUUGUUCAGACUGCUCUACAGUAUUAAAUGAAGCUCUUUGAGUUUAUUUAUAGCUGAUAUCCUAUUAAAGCACAUUCACCUUUU